GUCCUCAAAUAAUUAUUCAAUUACAGUAAUAUAUGUAUUGAACAUAACCGUGAAACAAAAAUAGAUUUUGACAGGUCCAUUCAUCGAACAUCUUCCAUUGUUCCGAGGCUAGGUCAUGGGGGCAGGAGUUGAAACAGGGAAGCCCAGACUUCCCACUUCCCUGCCACUUCAUCCAGCUUUAGAGCUUUUCACCUGAACUCUUAGGGAGAUCCCAGACACUGUGCGGAGGAAUCUCAUCAUCAUAUCAUGUACAGUUCCAUAGCGUUGCAAAAAUAGAAUCACAAUGAUAAACACAUUUUAAAAAAAUGUUUCGGUUGUCAGUCACAAGGGAGUACUAAUACUGUAUGAUUUAAUCGAUUCGUUUUUAGUACUUUAUUUAAUCAGGAUCAUAAUGAAGAUUAUAAAAACACAACCUUGCACUUUGUUGUUGGACUGUUUUUUAAAGCCGUUUGGAGGGACGUGCGUGAUGGUAGGAGUUCCGAGUAGGGGCUGGGAUAUUUUGGUGAUGGGACAGAGGGAGGGAAUAUAUAAGCCUUAGGGUCGAUGAGAGGUCGUAGCAAGAAGAAUUGGAUAACGUAGCAGGAUCAUUUGUAUUUUCACAGUUUCCUCAAACAUAUCCUUAAGUCAUGGCUGACUUUGACACAAUUCUGAAGUUUUGGGCGCCAGUUGAGGCGGACUUGAACACAUACGGAGGUCUGGUUCUAACUCGCUUAUUCACUGAGCACCCUGAGACCCAGAAGCUGUUCCCCAAGUUUGCAGGAAUUGCUCUAGCCGACCUGGCCGGAAAUUUGGCCGUUUCUGCCCACGGUGUCACAGUGCUGAAGAAACUGGGGGAGCUGCUGAAAGCCAAAGGCAAUCACGCAAACAUCCUCAAACCUCUGUCCAAGGCCCACGCCACAAAACACAAGAUAGCCCUCAUCAAUUACAAGCUGAUCACAGAAGUCAUCGCAAAGGUCUUGGAGGAGAAGGCAGGAUUGGACAGCGCCGGGAAGCAGGCUUUGAAUAACGUGAUGGACGUCGUCAUUGCCGACAUUGAUGCAGACUACAAAGAGCUGGGCUUUGCCGGCUGAUGUUCAGUUUGCAGAAAGAAAUAUGGCUGUUUGAAAUUUUGUCAACCUUUAGGGGUGCUAUUUUUUUUUAAUGAAGAUUAUAUGUAGAAAAAUAGAAGAACCACUACCAAAAUAGAGUUUGCAAUGCAUUGGACAGACAUUGCACAAAAGUGUGACACACAGAAUGAAAUGUUUUAUGUUGUGUAUGUUUGUAAGUGUUCAGUAAUAAAAAAAAAAAAGAAUCCUGGCUUUAUUGACAAAUGGG